UGGUUCAACAAGAAGUCUACACAGUAUACACUCAAUACAAUAGUCUAUAUAUAGCCCCCGUUGAAUUGUUGUUUUCGCGCAUGCAAAUCACUAUUGAUCACUUACGUUGCACUGACUGUAGAUAAGGAUACAUCAUAUAAGAAGAGCCCACAUUUGUCUGUCAUUUCCUCUUUAUCUUUUCAGAUACGAGUGGAAAAUCCUAAUCACGAUGAAUUGAAAUCAAUACAUAUACACCAUUAUCUCCUGUAAUUUUAGUUCAUGAAUUCUUCAACCUCAAACUUCCAUAGAAAGGGUCAUAGCGCAUUGGAAUAGAAAAUGGAGAGAGAAACUCAUAUUCUAGUACUUACUUUCGCUGUACAAGGUCACAUAAACCCAAUGCUCCAAUUCUCAAAGCGCUUAGCCUCAAAGGGUCUUAGAGUAACUUUUGUCACUACCACCGCUAUUGGCAAUUCCAUGCCAGCCCUUCCUAGCCAUUCUAUCAAUGUUGAGAUCAUCUCUGAUGGAUCCGGGGAAGCCGUAGAUUCGGAGAGUAUAGAUGCAGCUCUCGAACGUUACAAGCUACAUGUUUCACAAAGCUUACCAAAGCUUAUUGAGAAACAUAAUAGCUCCAAAUAUCCUCCAAAAUUUAUGGUUUAUGACUCAGGUAUGCCAUGGGCUUUAGAAAUUGCAAGGCAAUUUGGCAUUGAUGCUGCUCCAUUUUUCACUCAGUCUUGUGUAAUUAAUGCCAUUUAUUACCAUGCGACUCAUGGAGCAAUUCAGAUGCCCUUAGAAGAAGGGGCUUCAAUAGCAUUGCCCUCGGUACCACCACUAGGGGUCGAUGAUCUACCUUCAUUUUUUUGUGAUAAGGGCUUGUACCCAUCUUUGCUAAAGCUCGUAUUGAAUCAAUUCUCGAAUUUCCUUGAAGCAAAUUGGCUCUUUUGCAACACUUUCAACGAUUUGGAGAAUGAGGUGGUGAAUUGGAUGAUAAGCCAGCAAUGGCCGGUUAAAACAAUUGGACCAGCUAUUCCAUCAAUCUACCUAGACAAGCGGUUGGAGGAUGAUAAAGAUUAUGGCGUUCACCUAUUCAAACCCGAUGUGGAUGCUUGCAUGAAGUGGCUAGACACAAAGGAAACUAACUCAGUUGUUUAUACAUCAUUUGGAAGCUUGGCAUCCCUGGGAGAAAAGCAGAUGGAUGAGCUAACAGGGGGCCUAAAGAAUAUCAAUUGCUACUUCUUGUGGGUUGUCAGAGAAACUGAACAGAAAAAACUUCCUCCUAAUUUCUUACAAGAAACAUCAGAGAAGGGACUAGUUGUGAGUUGGUGCCCUCAGUUAGAAGUAUUGGCUCAUAAGGCCAUUGGGUGCUUCAUGACUCAUUGUGGAUGGAACUCAACCCUUGAGGCAUUGAGCUUGGUAGUGCCAAUGGUUGCAUUGCCAAUAUGGACGGAUCAACCAACUAAUGCAAAGUUCAUUGUGGAUGUGUGGAAGGUAGGGGUAAGGGUUAAAUUGGAUGAAAGAGGCAUAGCUACCAAAGAAGAAAUAGAGCUGUGUAUUAAGGAAGUAAUAGAAGGAGAAAGAGGCAAAGAGAUGAAAAUGAAUUCAGUAAGAUGGAAAGAAUUGGCUAAAGAGGCAGUGGAUGAAGGUGGAAGUUCUGAUAAAAAUAUAGAGGAGUUUGUGGCAAAACUUGUGCAAUCUUAAAGCUAAUGUAAAUUCCAUAAAUAUUCAUGUGAUGCCAGUGAAUGCCACAUGAUCCCAAAGGUUAAGACACUUGUAUCAAGUGAUAUCGCUAAAACAACAACAAUCAAUGUUAUUUAAUUUAUUUAUUUGAUAUAAGUGUAUUCA